AUGAGACCUCCAAAAUUGAAAUCAAAAUGUGCGAUUUGUUCAGGAGAUGGGGAUGGGUACCAUUUUGGAGCCGAAGCUUGCAAAGCCUGCACCGCAUUUUUCCGAAGAAGUAUACAGCUGAAAAAGACUUUCAAGUGUAGAGGAAACGACGAUUGUAAUGUGACGAUUAGUGUUCGCUGCAUGUGUCGUUCUUGCCGAUUCUCAAAAUGCCUUCAAGUUGGAAUGAAUCCAAUGGGUGUUCAACUGAAAAUCGGCUCCAAUACAGAGGACGUCCCAGACACGUCUUCAAAUUCUGAAUCCUCACUCCUGCUGGUCUUACCUGAACCCUACAAUGAUUCCAUGCCUCUUCUAACAAAAAUGAGAGUCAAUUAUGAGAAACUAAUCAGUGCCAGACGUAUCAUGCAUAACAAGGGUGGUCACAAUUUAUUCAAAGAACAAGUUUCAAUGCCGUCAACUUAUAAAGUGUGUAUUGAUGAGGGAAUUAAAGACGUUUCCUUGACAGCUGAUUGGAUUUCUUGGUGUUUUGAGGACUUUUCGAGGCUUCCGAUAGAGCAGAAGCACAUUCUAUUCCGAAACUUCUACACACCGUUUUUCAUCUUGGAAAGUGCAUUUAUGAGUCAUUUAAAGAAUACUCCCGAUUUCUUCGUCUUUCCAUCUGGAAAUUACGUCGAUAUAAACGAUUUGGAAUCGUUUUAUAAGGAUGUGGAGAUUAAUCAAAAAAUGACAAGGGAGCAGUUUUUAGAAUUUUUGAAGCCAACCUACGAAAUGCACCGCCGGACCAUCAUCCAACCAAUGAUGUCAGAAAAUCUGGAUAUUUUCGAAUUUUUCGCACUAACCAGUUUCGUUCUCUGGAACACAACUCUCGAGGAAACCACAGAAGAAUGUUCUAGAAUCGGAAAAUCAAUAAAGGAUCAAAUAAUGAAGGAGUUGUCGUUCUAUAUGAGAAAUUUCAAAAGGAUUGAGGACCCAGUUAUCCGAGUAGCAGGAAUUUUGAAUCUGAUACCUGAUUUGUAUAAAAAUACGAGAAGGAUUCAAGACGAAACGGAGAUAAUUCAAGUUUUUGAUUUUUAUAAUUCACCCAAACAAUUGUAUGAUUUGGUCCAUGGCAAUUUUUGUUAG